AUGUAUUGUGUUGUGCAACGAAGUGUGCACUCCAUGGCAUCCAUUAUUAAAGUACGUGAACCAACAAGUCACGAUAGUGACGCAAAUUUGUCGCUUCCGUCAUCUCUGUCAUUACUAGCACAAGAACGACCACUACUAACGUCACCAGUGACAACGACAUUUCUGCAACAAGCUUCUAUGUUAACAAGAUUACGACAGUGUUGCGACGAUUUGAGUGUGAGAUUAUAUAUGUCAUCCUUUAUAACAGUUAAUAAACAGCAAGGACGAGAUACCAGAUAUUGCUGUAGAAUUGAUUUUCAUAUCGAAGCCUGA